AUGGACAGCGCUAGACAAGGCAGCCGUGAAGCCAGGCCUACCGAUUCGGUUGAUCUGAAUCGGAGGGAUGGGCAUGCUAGCCCUGCAGUUUGCGGCCGGUCAAGGCCACCCAACCAUCGCCAUCAACAACCGCGAGGAAGCUCUCGACCUCGCGCGCCCCUGUCUUCGCAUCCGGAGCCCAAAAGUGUGAUUAACUUCACCUCGCCUGACGCUCAGAAGCAGGUUAUUGAAUCAGCCGGUGGUGGCGGCCUCGCCGGUGUCUUGUUCUCGGCUUCUGAUAUUGUGUUAAAGGAACUGAUAAUUCGGGGUAAUCUUGUGGCGAAUCAGCGCUUGGCAUUGGACAUGAUGCGAUUCGUGGCAGAGAAGGGGGUCAAAUCGCACAUCACCACUCUCAAGCUGGAGGAGGGCAAGGAUCUACCGCAGAGGUAUAUGUUUCCGCAUUUGAAGGGCAGAUUGGUGGUUGUUAUGUGA